AGGAGGAGGUGAAACACACGAUCUGCUUCUGAUAUUUUCUGUUGACUCCGUGAUCACUCAAUUAUGGUGCGGAACUCUCAUUUUUCCAUCGCCUGUUUUUUUUCUCUUAAAGCGGGAUGUGAGGAGUGAUUUUUGUCCCUCUCUCUCAUUUAUACAGACUAAACUUCAGUCAUUUCACACUUUAUUUAGCUUUAUUUGGUGGCAAGAUUUCUUUUUUAUUUCUUGCAGAUAAGGAGUGUUAUUAUUAUUAGUAUUGUUAUUAGAUUUUUCUAAUAAUCGAUCGCCCCCGCCGCCACCCUGAAGUUCAUCGUUAUUAUAUUGGCCGCCGGGAUGGUGGCCUUCAUCGGAGCGGUUAUCUGCAUCAUCGCGGCUGUCCACACCGGAUCCUCCAAGGCUGCUGCGGCUCAACAGCAACCAGCAGUCGACAACCACUCGCUGUACCCGGACGCCGCAGCGCAGACACCCGCCGCUGCGGGCUCCGUGGCCCGGCCCGGCUCCCUGGGUGCUCUCCACGGUUCUGAAACGCCCGAUUCAGAAGCGCCUACCUUCAACAUCGGGCUCGGCGGGCUGGACGGGGUCACCGGACUCACCGGACAUGACCCGACCGUCAGUCGGCUGAUCUGCACUCCGAUCCCAGCCGGGGAGUGCAACCCGAAAAACUUUCAGCAACAAGCGGACGACCCGUCGUUGUACGCAGGCGAAGACUGGGGCUACCUCCGCACCACCGCGGAGGAGCUCCGGCAGACCGUUCUGCAGCAGAAGGACCAAAUCUUAACAGACCAGCGGACCAUCAGGGAGCUGACGGGGAAGCUGUCCGAGUGUGAGAAGGGGCUGGACGGGAAAAGUGGUAGGAGCAGCAGCAGCGCGGGAAGACGUGGGAGCUCCGCGGCGCUGCGAGGAGGCAAAGGCGCGGCGCAGGAGGCGCACCUGGACCGGAUCAUGGUGCGGGACAGCCCGUCUGCGACCUCCGACGGUGCCCACCUGCUCACAGUGCGAGCUGUGGAUGAACUGGAGCAGGCUAUAACUCAGCUCAAAGACCGUAUAGAGAAACUGGAGUCAGAUAUUGGCCCAUUUCCUCACAACCAGACAGACAGCAACACCUCCGGAGUGCCAGAGGAAGGUGGGAUGUCUGGCGGCCCAGAAAGGUUGCCUGAUCCUGGGCAUAGAGAUGGUUCUGACAGCUCCUGGAGGAUGGACGACUUAGAGGUCGAGCUGGAGAAGAAGGUGCAGCUUCUCGAGAAAGAGAGAAAAGCCUUGAGGCUGGAAACAGAGAAACACAAUCAGGAAAUCGAGCGGGGCAUCAAUAAACUACACCACCGAAUCUCAGGGCUGGAGGAAGGUUUCUCAGGGCAUUCUUUCCCAGAGGGCUACAGAUUGUCCUUCCCAACACGGACAAACUACAUGUACGCUGUUGUGACGCACUCCAUGCCAAAGCUGCGGGCCUUCACCAUCUGCCUGUGGCUGCGUCCCGCGGAGAGAGGCAUCGGGACCCCCGUGUCGUACGCUGUCCCCGAACAGCCGAAUGAACUGGUGCUGCUGCAAGGCCUGCACGCUCCUGCUGAGCUGCUCAUCAAUGACAAGGUGGCUCAGUUGCCUCUGAACCUCUCCAGGGGCAGCUGGCAGCACAUCUGUGUGAGCUGGACACAAAAGGGAGGAGUGUGGCAGGCCUACCAAGGGGGGAGGCUGAAGGGAGAAGGUCACGGACUAGCCGCUGGACAUCACAUUCGACCUGAUGGAGUGCUCAUUCUCGGGCAAGAGCAGGAUUCCCUGGGUGGAGGUUUUGACUCAUCCCAAGCCUUGGUUGGAGAGUUGUCCCAGGUGGGUCUUUGGGACCGGGUCCUGACGUCCAACCAGGUGGCCAGCUUAGCCCGAUGUGGCAAAAUAACCCAGGGCAGUGUGGUACCCUGGGCUGAGAAUGGAGUUGAUGUUUAUGGUGGAGCAACCAAAGACCCCGGGGAGCCUUGCAGUAAACACAGCAGGAGUUCUCAGUGAACUACAGGGGUGGGUUUUGAAGGGAAAGAUUCCACAUCUCCAGUAUUACCACUAACAAGGGACGUUUGAAACAGUAAAAAACUUCUAAAACUGUGUGGCAUUGGAUAACAGUGUAACAUGGAAAAAGAAACUAAUGGCAUACAUUUAUAUGAAGUGAGAAGGGGCUUUACAGUUACUUCUGAGACACCUAACAGUCCAACAGAUGCUCUUAUCCUCUGGAAGGUUGUGCAAUACAAGAUAAAUACAAAUGUAGUAUGCAAACAGAUUGUAUUUUUAAAGUAUAUAUAGUCCAUUUCUUAAAUUAGAAUAUAAAAUGAAAAUUACGGUGUAGAUUUGCUCACUUAAAAACAGCAGCUAAUAGCUACUGUUAGCAGUAACAGUAGCUAAUUGCUAAUUAGAACUUGUAUAACUACUUAGCUAAAAUGCUACACUGCCAUCUUUAAAUAAAUAAAUGAUUCCUCAUUUUACAAAACAUACUUUCUUGUUGGGAGUUUUGAGUAGAGGUAUUUGAAUGUUGUAAAGCAGCCAGCUAACUUAGCGUACCAAACAAUUUCUUUACUUAGAUAAGCAAUCAGACAUGAAAGUCCUCAAUCACUUCUGUUCAGUUCAGUUAAAUUUCGUAGAUCCCGAAGGCUGCAGAAUUAAAUGUAUUCCCACUGAAAUACAUUUUAGUGCCAAUACAUUCAAUACUGACAGUUUUUAGUUUUACAUAUACUUUAGAAGUGCUUACGGCUAAUAGCUGAUGAGUAUUAUUUAAAACGGAGUUAUCAAGUUCUAAUAGCUUCUGUGGAUUUCAGUGUUUUUGUAAAAUACUUGUAGUGGGUUGUUGAGGUAGAGAAAGUUGUCAUCAUUUGGAAGUUCAGGGUAAUCCAAGCUUCUUAAGUUUUAUUGGGAAAAAUAAUGAACUCCAAAAAGUUAGUGUGUAUAUGGCACAGUAAAAGUGUUAUAAGAACACACACAGUGAAUGGGCGUAUUGUAAAGUUUAAUGAGAGUAGAAGUGUGUUAUAUAAAUGCAGACCAUUUACCUCAUUAACAAGAAAAAAAGGAAUUACAGCUGAUGUGACAAGAUUUGCAAGAAACUUCUGAUGAUUAUCCAGCAUUGUAAAAGAUCUUGAUUUCUCUGUAAGACAACUAUUAUGUAUUUACUCCCUAGAUUUUGUACAAAAUACAAUAUGAAUGAGUUUAAUGGCAGAUACUGUAACUUUUGAAGAGUGGCAGAUGAUGUAUUUCAAACACUUUUGCUAAGUUAGCCAGCUGCUGCAGUAGUGUUAAUUAUAUACAUUGUGUGAGACUGGCAAUCGCCUUUUAUCAAAGUCUUAACAAGAAAGCAAAUAAAGAAAAUUCCAACCCGUGGAAUUUUUACUUAAAUCAGCUAAAAAUAGUGGUUAUGAUGUCAUUUAGCAGUCAGAACUGUGCAAAAAUUGAAUUUUUCAAUAGCACUUUAUAA